UUCGCGUUAUUGGUGGCUUUGUUGCGCUGCUGGGUCCGCCUGAAAAUCGUUAAAUCUUUUGGUAGAGAUGACUGGGUAAUGAUCAGCGCAUUGGUACCUGCAACUGCGUGCUUCUUAUCCUACAUGACCGAGAUUUCGCUUGGUCUGGGAAGUCAGGUUGAUUUACUAGAAGCCAAUAUGUCAAACUACCACAAGUUGCUUCUGGCUCGCCUUUUGCACCAGGUGUUUGUGGUAAUGGCAUUGGGCUUGGUAAAAGUAUCAAUUUGCCUGUUCCUUCUUCGUCUGGUUAUGAAGAAGCUGUACAUCCGGGCCCUCUGGGGUAUCAUCAUAUUCAUGGUCGUCUUUACGAUCGGCAGUGUGCUAUCAAUAAUUCUCCAGUGUAUUCCAAUCUCAGCAGGAUGGAACCAUUCUUUGCGUCCACCGCCAUUGGGUGUUGGCAGCGCAAAGUGCUACAGCCUCGGCACGUUUCGUAAGAUCGGACUCUUCAACGGAGUGAUUCAUAUUCUCUCGGAUAUAUUGCUUGCUCUUCUGCCGACUCCCCUGAUUUGGAGACUGCAGAUGGUCAGACGCGCCCGCUUCACACUGAUAGUGGUCCUUUCUGUUGGCAUACUUGCGGCAAUCGCUGGAAUAAUCAGACAAGUUAGUGUCGGCCCACUUGACGAGUAUGAUGCGUAUUCAAUCUGGAACUUCACUGAAUUGCAUCUGGGUAUCAUCGCGGCUUCACUACCAGCACUAAAACCGAUUUUCAAGAAGUUC